AAUAGCGUUGGGUUCACGCGAGUGUGGUACGUGAGAAUCAGAAGCUUUAAGCUAGGGUUUUCUGUGCAGCCUCCCUUGGCGCCUUGAUACUAAGAAAAGGGAGGAGAAGAUAGAACCAGAGAUUUGCAGAGACAGCUGCUACGAUGUCGACUGUGGUUCAAACCUCCGAAGAAGAUCCGGCGCUCACCGUCGUCCGCUUUGCCUCUGAGCUGGCUUGGGCCGACGCCGGUCCUGAGGCUGCUGAGCCACAAGUUAAUAGACUUUGCAACGAAGCUCAAGAAUGUAUGGUUAUGGGAAGAUGGUUUGAUCUGGCAUCUCUAAUGCUUACUUCUGCUGACUUGAUAUUUUCAAAGGUGUCUGAAAAAGAUCUUGAGUGUGUAUUCACUGUUAUCUGCAAUCUUGUCACCAAGGCUGGAAGUCCAGAUGAAUCACUUGAAAUGGCAAAGCUUAUAUCUGCAAAGAUUGUUCAACAGCCAACUGACAAACCUGCACUGCGCUUGAAAAUAUUGUUCAAUCUCUACAACCUACUCGAGAAUCCAUAUAGCCGGUUCCAUGUUUACAUGAAGGCACUUGAUUUAGCUCUCAAGGGGAAGGCCCCUGAACAUAUAAUUCCAUCAUUAAAAAAGAUAGAGAGUUUCUUGAGAGAGUGGAAUGUUGGAAUCAUAGAGCAGAGAGAACUUUUCCUCGCCAUCGCUAGUGUAUUGAAAGAAAGUAAGAGUUCUGCAAAUGAUUAUUUCAAGUUCCUUACCAAAUAUUUGGCCACUUUCUCUGGUGAAGAUGCCUAUAUCUUGAGUGAAGCUAAGGAGGAAGCUGCUCGUGCAAUAGUUGAAUUUGUGAAGGCACCUAACAUGUUUCGGUGUGAUUUGCUAGAUAUGCCUGCUGUAGGGCAACUGGAGAAGGAUGCCAAAUAUUCAUUGGUUUAUCAGCUUCUAAAGAUUUUUCUGACUCAGAGACUAGAUGCUUACUUGGAAUUUCAUGCCGCUAAUUCGACUUUAUUGAAAAGCUAUGGUCUCGUCCAUGAAGACUGUAUAGCAAAAAUGAGAUUAUUGUCAUUGGUGGAUCUUGGCUCAAAUGACUCUGCCCGCAUUCCAUAUGCUCUCAUUAAGGACGCGCUGAGGAUCAAUGAUGAUGAGGUGGAACUGUGGGUGGUGAAGGCCAUUACUUCCAAAUUGAUUGACUGCAAAAUGGACCAGAUGAAUGAAGUUGUGAUUGUGAGCCGCUCAACCGAGCGUGUAUUUGGGCAGCAACAAUGGGAAACACUUAGGACGAGGUUAGCUACAUGGAGGGGUAAUAUCGCAAAUGUCAUUGGCACCAUUCGAGCAAACAAAAUCAUCGAUGAUGGAUCACAGGGUAUGCAAGGUUUAGCGAUCCGUUGAAGAGUCGAUCUUUUUGUUUGUUGAUCUGUGAGUUAAAUCACUUACCUUUCUGGAUAAAUGCUAGGAUGUCAUGUUCUAUUUGUUCAAAUUUUGACAUGGAGAACUACAUUGGAAUCGGGUUAGUUGAUUUAUAUUAUAAUGGAUUGUAUCAUGAUCUACACUCCCAGGCCUUUCGAUCGGCUCUCUGGUCUUUAAAUUUAUUUGAGUAGUGGUAUUUUUACACC